AUGGCAAAGACUGUAAUGGUGAGGUGUUACCUGUUCUGUUUACUAACUCUUGCACUGUGUAGUACUUGUGGGUUAGUAUGGGCUGAUAAUCCUAAGACUUCUGAGUCCAGUAAUUGUGUUAAUUAUGUUGGAUUUCCUCCUUUUUUUGUUAAGAUUGAUUCUUGCGAUGAGGCCCGUAAUGCUACUAAGGCUGCAGAACCCACAAUACAGCGUUCACCUGGUAAACCGGGUCCCGAUACUCCUGGUGAUCAUAGUGGGAGAGAAGUUAACCAAGUCACUACGAAUUCGCAUCAAGAGGAACAAGUACCCGAAAGUGAUCAUGAAGAGAAUACCGUUAAUUCUGAAACUGAUAUAAGAAGAGGAAGUCAGAAUGUUGAGCAAACCCUAAAAGGAGACGGUACCGCAUCAAGUAAUCCGGGGCAAAAUAAUCCUCUUAGUUCCCCUGAGUCUGCAGAAGGCCGGGAUAUACAAGUAACUGAAGAGCAUCCCCUUCCAGCUUCUCCUGUUUCUGAUAGACAACAGUCAGGUGAAGCCCCUUCUGUAUCAACACAAGCAAAUAGAGAGAACCCAACAGUCUCAGAAUCUGCACCUAAUGGUGGCGAGCAUAGGAGUCCUCAUGAGAACACACCGCCACUGCAAGAACAAGAAGUAGGAAGUGCAACCACUCGGGGUUCACAAGUGGCACCCAACACUGAUGAGUCAUACGGGACAGGGAACAAACAGUCAACAACGACCUCUGACACUAACACUACUCCCAAUAGUGAGGGAUCCACCAGCACCACCACCACAACAACAACAACACUUCCUCCUGAACUCACAAACAACAAGAAGAAGGGUGAUGCAGACAGCAGCAGCAGUAUCAGCAGUUCUGUGUGGGUGCGUGUGCCACUACUGAUUGUGGUUACACUGGCCUGUAUUCUUGUAUGCUGA